ACACUGACUCAUAGUAUAUGAUAUAACCAACCAUUUUUUGCCCUAAAAUACAGAAAACACCAUCUUUGCCAGUCAAUAUACACCUUCUACAGUCUACUCUCCAUGUCCUCAUAAUUUUAUGAUAUUCAAAUUAUAGAAUAUCAGUUUAUACUUUAUGCCACUUUCCUUAUAUAUAGUGCUUAUUAAUGAGUUUUCAGUUUCUUUCCCUUUCUGCUAUUUCCUUUUUUUUUCCUAUGUUGUUUAAUUCCACCGGCCUUAAAGGUAAUAGUAUCUUUCCUUACUCCUUAUAACCGCAGUAAAUUUCCAGACAGGCGCAGCUUUUUUCUUAGCGUGUGUUUCAGGCAAAUAUAUAUAUAUUAAUGUUCCGAAAAAGGGGGUCUUUUUUCCUUUAAGGUAUCAUGAGUGGUUUUUUUCAGGAUCUGAGUUUCAGAGAAAAAAACUUUAAAUGGGGGUGUCUUUAAAUUGUUUUCUUGAUUUUGUGGAAUUUGUAGGAACAAAUUGCAUUGGUUUUUCAAUUUGAAAUUUUUGUCAAUUUUCAGUGUCACUUUGCUUAGUACUAUUAGAUUGAAAAGGUACUGGCUUUUUAGCCUCUUUUUGCUCAUUAGUGAAAAUCUACUAAAGGGUUGUUUUCAAGAUUGUAGUUUGUUGAUUUGGAUGUGAGUUUUUCUCUCAAAAAUUGCAUCUUUUUUGUGGUUUAGGUAUUAGUUUGAGUUUUGUUUUUGGAUGUAUUCUAAUGGGGAGACUUUAAAGAUUUUCUUGAUUUGUGUGGAAUUAGUGGCAAAUUUUGAAAUUUUUUGUCAAUUUUCAGUGUCAUUUGCUUAGUACUAUUAGAUUGAAAAGGUAGUGGCUUUUCAGCUUCUUUUUGCUCAUUAAGGAAAAUCCACAAAAGGGGUUUUUUCUUUCUUUUCAAGAUUGUAGUUUGUGGAUUUGGAUGUGAGUUUUCCUCUCAAAAAAUGGCAUCUUUUAGUGGUUUAGGAAUUGGUUUGAGUUUUGUUUUUGGAUGUAUACUCAUGGGACUUGUAGCAGAGUUGUAUUACUUAUUAUGGGUUAAGAAAAGAAUCCCAAAGAGUGAAUCAGAGGAUCAAUACAGCAGCAGUUAUGGGACUGAACUUUUUCAUCUUUUCUGUUGGAAAAAGCCUAAUUCAGUAUCUAAUAUUAGCAGUCAAGAACUAAACAACACACUGAGAAAUCAAGAAAUGAAUGGUCAAGAUCAAGAUUUGGAGUUAGGAAAUAGCAAAGAUUUGCUAUUAAAAGGGUAUGGUGAAGAUAGUGUGGAGUCGGAAUUAAUGAGGUUACACAAUCUUUGUGGACCUCCUAGAUUUUUAUUUACUAUCAAAGAAGAAACAAAAGAAGAUUUGGAAUCUGAAGAUGGUAAAUCAAGAGGUGAAAGAAGUAGAACUUGUUCAAGAACAAGAAGUUUAAGUGAUUUAAUUCUUACUCCUUUAUCUUCACCACCUAUUAAAGGUCAUAAUCUUGAUUCUUACAAUUGCCAAGGAUUCAAUCCUCUGUUUGAAUCUUCAACAGAAACUGAAUUAAACAGACUCAGAUCUUCACCCCCACCAAAAUUCAAGUUCCUAAGAGAUGCUGAAGAGAAACUUAUUAGAAAAUUGAUUGAAGAAGCUGAGAAAAGGGGUCUUAAAAAUGAGGUUUCUUUUCAAGAUUCUGCAAUUAAUAAACCAUUUGCUAAUGAGGAGAAACAACAACAACAACCCAGUUUAAUCUCACUAGUGGGGUCUGGGGAGGAUAAUAUGUACGCAGACGUUAUUCCUAUCCCGAGGGACAGAAAGACUGUUUCCAGGAGACCCUCGGCUCAAGAAGGCGACAAGAGACUUGCUAGUGAGGAGAAAGGGUCAUUUAUUUCAUUUCUUGGUAAGAGCAAAUUAAGGGAGCCACUACAGCAAUUACAUGUUCAGAAUUCUACUUCUGUUAAGGUAAUCCCAUUGGCUUCUUCACCUUCAACUUAUAAGCCAGUUGAUAAUGAAUCUGUUAUGGUUUAAUUCCCAUUCUAAGUUUAGAUGAAGAGGUUUAAAUUUCUUUAUUUUUUUCACCUCUUUUCAUCUAUUAACCAAACGUACAGCAUUUACCUCCCCUCUUGUAUUAAUUUUAGUUUUCAGAUAGAAAAUAGAGAUUUGAUUGUAAGUUCUCUGGAUUGUUAAUCUGUUUCUUAAGCAAUAGACAGUCCUUUUAAUUUCUUGCUCUAA